AUGGGCCUCAUCGCAGAAACCCGUCAAGCCAUCCGGGACUCCCCUCGUGGGGUCUUUAAUUGGUAUCUGCUAUUCAACACCGCCAUCUUUGCCCUGUCUGGUAUCAGCAGGGGCUUCGACGAGGGAAACGUCGCAUGUCUGGUCGUGCAGUCGCGCUUCCGGAUCAAGUUCGGACUCGAUCAGCAGUCCCCCGAGCAGUAUGCCAACACCAAAGGAUGGAUUGUCUCCAUUUUCACGGCCGGAAUGGCUCUAGGCUGUCUUGCGUGCUUACCCUUUAAUGAUCGUAUUGGACGGCGGUGGACGAUGCGUCUCUCCACCCUGGUGUAUGUGGGUGGUGUCUUAGGGCAGGGCCUGUGCAAUGGCAACCUAGCCGGACUGUACGCAUCCAGACUCAUCUCCGGUCUCGGGGUGGGCGGCAUGACCGUCACGCCCCCGAUGUACAUCUCCGAGAUUGCACCCAAAACCAUCCGAGGCCUCCUGGCUAUCCAGUACACGGCCUGUCAGCAACUCGGAGUCGUGUUCGGCUUCUUCAUCAACUAUAGCAUCACCAAGCAGGAUGACGGCACGGACAUGCAGUGGAUGUUUCCGACCCUGAUCCAGCUGCUUCCCGCCGCCGUCUGGGGCUUGGGCAUGUUGAUCUGUGAAGAAUCCCCGCGGUGGCUGCUCUACGUUGGACGGCGAACACAGGCCGUGUCGGUGCUGGCUCGGCUCCGCCAUCUACCCAGUAACCACCCCACGGUAGUCACAGAAAUUGCAGUCAUGGAGUACCAGAUCCUGCAGGAGCGGGAAGCGGUCACGGAUGCCUCGCAAUGGCGUCUGCUCAAAGAGAUAUUUGUCCCCGUGGAGAACCGUCGUCGCUUCUUCCUGGUGUUUAUGGCGCAUCUCUUCUCGCAAUGGUCGGGCGGCAAUGCCAUCACCCAGUACCUGCCGACCAUUCUCGGGUACCUGGGGACAUCCGGGGAUGCGGCAUCCCUCACCACCGGUAUCUAUGCAGCGGUCAAGUUUUCCUGCGUGCUGAUCUUCUCCCUAGUGAUCGUCGAUUUCGUCGGUCGUCGGCGGUCGCUGAUGGCGGGCAUCAGCCUCCAGAUCACCACGCUGGUCUAUCUGGCCUGCUACCUGGGCAUUACGCGCGGCAUGACGACGACAGCCCUUUUGCAUAUGCCGAGCGCCGGGCGGGCAUCCAAGGGCGCGAUUGCCGCCAUCUUCCUGCACGGAAUCGGAUGGGUCAUCGGCUGGUUCUCGAUGCCCUUUCUGAUCGGGGCGGAAAUUUUCCCCAUUCGCAUCCGAUCGCUGGCGGUGUCGAUGGGCAUGGCGUGGCACUGGCUGUUCGCGUUUGGCUGUGCACGGGCGACGCCCGAUUUGCUCGAGGUCACCCACGAAUGGGGAGCGUUUGUCUUUUUCGCAUGCAUCUGCUUGGUGUCGCUAGUUUAUGUGUUUUUCGCGAUGCCGGACACAACCGGACGGUCGCUGGAGGCACUGGACGGUCUAUUCCAACGGCCGUGGUACACCGUCUAUCUAGUGGCAUAUGCAAAGGAGGAGGACGAGCUGGAGGUGCAGGCGAUCCACGAGCGGGGAAAGUCGGAGAUGGUCGGGGAGAUGGAAGAAUCAGCCGACACGUGCCUGGUUACUGUGUAG